CAGGGAAAAAUGCCGGACGUUUUGAACUGUGACACAAAGCUUCAAACGGGCAACAAGACUGUCUUCAUUCUUCAACUAAUUCCCUGUCGACACAAACUAGGCGGCUCCCUCCUACCUCUUUGUUCCCUUCCUCUUCGAGCUUUCCGCCAAAAAUCCACUGGCCGAUUUCUCCAAUCAAACCUCUCCCCAUCCUUAAAACCUUCAGCUCAGAGCUGUUUCCCCUGUGCCGCAUUCGGCAAUACCCUGUUUUUUCAUCCCCAUUUGGAAGCUUCUCACGGCCAAUGGCGCAAGUGGUGGCUACCAAAUCGAUUCACGGCUCGCUGCUGAGCCCUGGCUCUUCUGGGUCGCUGCAAGAGCGAGCUGCGAGGCUGAAAGCUUCAAGCUUUUCCAGCUCCAAAGCGUUCGGGCUCGAGAAUGAGAAGAAGAGGAGCAUUGGAGUUGCUCGUAGAAGCACACCAAUGGCGGCUGUCACGAGAUCGGUCCGCGUGGAGCCUGAAGUGGUUCCCGUCUCGCCCGAAGAUGUUCCAAAGAGAGCGGAGAGAUUUAUGGAGUUGCAGCAGUUUGGGGAUACUUCAGUGGGAGUGUUGUCGAAGCCUACAGUGAAACGGAAGACGAAGAUCGUUUGCACCAUUGGGCCUUCGACGAAUACGAGGGAGAUGAUCUGGAAGCUGGCUGAAGCUGGAAUGAAUGUGGCUAGAAUGAACAUGUCUCAUGGGGAUCAUGCUUCCCAUCAGAAAGUGAUUGACUUGGUUAAGGAGUAUAAUGCUCAAUGCAAAGACAAUGUGAUUGCCAUUAUGAUUGAUACCAAGGGCCCUGAGGUUAGGAGCGGCGACUUGCCCCAACCGAUCAUGUUGGCGAAUGGCCAGGAAUUCACUUUCACAAUUCGUCGAGGAGUUGGAACAGUUGAUUGUGUGAGUGUGAACUAUGAUGAUUUUGUCAACGAUGUUGAAGUCGGUGACAUGAUUCUUGUUGAUGGUGGCAUGAUGUCUCUGCUUGUGAAGUCGAAGACCGAAGAUUCAGUGAAGUGUGAAGUUGUUGAUGGGGGUGAACUGAAGUCUAGACGCCAUCUUAAUGUUCGAGGAAAGAGUGCCACAUUGCCUUCCAUCACUGACAAGGAUUGGGAUGACAUAAAGUUUGGAGUGGACAACAAAGUAGAUUUCUAUGCUGUUUCGUUUGUCAAAGAUGCACAAGUUGUUCAUGAGUUGAAGAAUUAUCUCAAGAGCUGUGGUGCAGAUAUUCACGUUAUUGUAAAGAUUGAAAGUGCAGAUUCAAUACCCAAUUUGCACUCUAUAAUCACAGCAUCAGAUGGGGCAAUGGUUGCAAGAGGGGAUCUUGGAGCAGAACUCCCAAUUGAAGAAGUUCCACUUCUGCAGGAAGAGAUAAUCCGAUUGUGCCGAAGCAUGGGGAAAGCUGUUAUUGUCGCUACCAAUAUGUUGGAAAGUAUGAUUGUACAUCCUACUCCAACCAGAGCUGAGGUAUCAGAUAUUGCAAUUGCUGUUCGAGAGGGUGCGGAUGCAGUCAUGCUUUCUGGAGAAACUGCUCACGGAAAAUUCCCGUUGAAGGCUGUAAAGGUUAUGCACACAGUCUCAUUACGGACUGAAGCAACUUUGUCCCGCGGGCCAAUGCCAGUUGAUCUUGGCCAAGCUUUUAAGAAUCACAUGAGUGAGAUGUUUGCAUACCAUGCAACUAUGAUGUCGAACACUCUUGCGACAUCAAUCGUUGUCUUCACCAGGACCGGCUUCAUGGCUGUUUUGCUUAGCCAUUAUCGACCUUCAGGGACAAUUUUUGCUUUCACUAAUGAGAAAAGAGUACAACAGAGGUUGGCAGCCUAUCAAGGAGUAUGUCCCAUUUACCUUGAAUUCUCUGAUGAUGCUGAAGAAACCUUUGCAGAUGCCUUGAAACUACUAAAGGAUCAAGGAAUGGUUAAGGCAGGCGAAGAGGUUGCUCUGGUUCAAAGUGGCAAGCAACCCAUCUGGCGAUUCCAGUCGACUCAUAAUAUCCAGGUCCGCGAAGUAUAGUAGAGACAACAAGGAUAACAAUCAUCAAAUGAUUCUCACUCUUGUGCAAUUCUAGAUGAAUCUGUAGAUUAGUUUUACUGAAUUCUGCUUUGCUCUGUAUCAAGCAUUUUGUAGCAUGUAUCUGAAGAAACUAGUGGAUGUUCA